AUGGCAGAUGCUUUCCUGACAGCUGCUGACAAGUAUGGCCUGGAGCGUUUGAAGGUCAUGUGUGAGAAUAGCAUCUGCAGGGUCUGCUCUGUGGCGAAUGCUGCCCACCCACUCAUCCUGGCUGACCUCCACAAUGCAGAGAUUGACGAAGACAGAAAAGAUUACUUGUCAGUUCACCUAACAUUGCUCAGCUGCCCAAGGAGCCCAGUGUGGGCAAGGUUCCAGUUUUCGAUCCUGAGUAUGGACAGAGAGAACCCAAGUAUGAUAAGCCCAAGAUUCUUCAAGUUCACGCCAAAUCAACACUGGGGAUUCACAAAGUUCAUCCAUCGAGAUCUGCUCUUGAGUCUGGAGUCUUGGCAUCUCCCAGACAAUGAACUCACUGUCUUAUGCGAUGUGGACCUGGCGGUCCAAGACUCCUUCAUGAACUCUGAGGACAGCAAGGUGCCAGGUAUCCAGGUUCCAAGGUGCACGAUGGCAGAUGAGCUAGGACAGCUGUGGGAGAAUUCUCUGUUCACAGAUUGCAGCCUACUGGUAGCUGGCCAGGAAUUCAGUGCUCACAAGGCCAUCUUAGCAGCUCGCUCUCCAGUUUUCAGAGCUAUGUUUGAACAUGACAUGGAGGAGAGCAGAAUAAACCGCGUUGAGAUCCUUGAUCUGGAGCCGCAAGUUUUGAAGGCCAUGAUGGAAUUCAUUUACACCGGGAAGGCACCAGACCUCCACAGCAUGGCAGCUGCUGUCCUGGCAGCUGCUGACAAGAAUGGCCUGGAGCGUUUGAAGGUCAUGUGCAGAGAUGUCCUCUGCAGGGAUCUCUCUGUGGAGAAUGCGGUUUUUUCUGCUGGAAACUUGGAUAUCUCUCUGAAAUUUUCUAUCAAGAUUUCAAAAUUAGUUUCAGAGAAAAGAGUUUAUGCUACAAUGAAAGUUACAUCCCUCAGAUUUCUUUUCUAG